GUCGGCGAUGGGCGAGGAUGUGUCGGAUGUGUGUUCUCCUUUUUCGCCGUUGGCUGGUGUGAGUUUUACAUCGGGAGCCAUUGCUGAAAAUAUGGGGUCUAGUGUUUGUGAUUCGGAAUCGGAGGCACUUGUGAACCAAUUGUUACUUGGUUUGGAUGAGGAAAGCAAGUGGAUUACUGGAUGCGAAGAUAGCCUACUCCGCAUGGGUGCUAUUUCCUUGGAUGAUAGAUCUAACCGUCAGUUGCUGGAUAGUCAUCAGGACUUGUUAGAGGAACUCACUAAACGACAGACCGCCAUUCGGUCCAUUGUGUUUCAAGCUGAACAGUUUCUGAGGUCAAAUGUAACUGUUAGUAGUCCUGCGACUCGUAAACAACUGCAGCUGAAGGUCAACGGUGUUCGUGAACGAUCUGAGCACGCUCACAACGAAGCGGAAUCCCGUAUUCGAACGCUUAUCGGCAGUUUCGACGCAUUGGAACACUUGACCUACAAACUACACGAUUUACAAAAUAUGCUCAAACAAUUCGAAUCGGUUCUUGCGAUUUCUUCAACCGGGGCUACCAUGGACGCAUCGCAGUUCAAUUUUAGGACAGCCGUUCAACGCCUUAACGCAGCUGUAACUGAGGCGAACACUGCCCAAGCGGAAAUCAGCAACCUCCCAUGCUUGGUCCGCAACUUCCUCGGACACAAUGCAUAUCGUGAAUCGCUGGAUUGUUUGGUAGCUGUAGAAGAUGACAAACCACUGGAACACACGGUACGGGACGCUGUCCAUGAGGCUAGCGAUCGCCUUUUCAAUUUAGGCGAUCGAGUGCGUGAUCGACUUGCGUACAUGUUGAGUGCACAGGAGAAAUACGAACAAUUUAUUGAUGAGGUCUCCCGGCGCACAAUUGCUUUGGACACAGUGGGGAAGAAGUUUCGUUGUAUUGAUUUCGGCCGGAUUGCUAUCAUGGGUAACCGGCUGAGCGGUUCGCAGCGUGGCCAAGUACAAUCACAUUCCAACACAUUGGUGGAAUUGAUUGGCUUACUGGAAAAUACCGGGCAUGACUUACAGGUUUUACUGAAGGACACCUUUCCGAAGUUACAGACUAGCCUAAUGGAGGCCGGUUUUACCCAAGCUGCUGUGGACCAGGUUGUUAAGAAGCCCCUGAUCGGAGAACUCAAAAGAUGCGAGAGUUUGAUAUCAGGCGUUAAACAGAAAAGCACGGAAUUGAUACGUCUCCUAUCCGAGGGACAAUCCGUGUCAGAUACUUUGAGCUCAACUGUCCAAUGUUUGGAAAAAGUUGAGCGUCGUCUAGCCCAUCCUGUGUCGGGUAAAACCCAAGAGGAAUCGACUGAAAUGCAUCAAGCCCAGGCCGAAUUAUCCUCGCAAAUUGUUGCGCUUCACGUUGCACGCGGUCGAGUUCAGUCAGUCUUAGACAAGGCUGCUGCUCGUGAUGAGGCUGUCAGUGAAGCUGACAUACGGGCUGCGCGCGAGUUCGAAAAGCAGAUUGACGUUUUGGACCAACGUUUGGCUAAGGAUCAGACGGAAGUCGCGACUAGACUGCGAAACGUUACGGCUACACAGGAAACAAUGAACAUAUGUGAACGAGACGUUAAGGACAUUGUCAGUUGGACAGAUAAAACUUUGGCGUUAAUGGAUUCACCACCAUUUUUCCGAGCACCCGAAAGUCACCUGCGAAAGCGUCUGCAAGCUGUUCAGUCGCAGCUUGGCCUCCGGAAGAAACAAACAGAAGAACUUGGCCAGCAGGUCCGAGCUUUACCAGCAUCCGUUCUCAGUGCAAAAGAGUUGAAAGAGAGCAUUUCUGUCCUGGAGGCCCGUCUGGAACAGUUAGAUGAUAGGUUGACGUUGGCCACGCGAAAUCUAGACUUGCUCGAUGCGCGAUACGCCCCUUAUUGUGCUGCUCGACAGGCCGCUGAGGAAUGGCUGAUUACGACAUGUGGUGUCGUCCAGGGGCUUUCUGCAAUCGCUUUGACCUCUGAGGAACUCUUGCGUCAGUCAGCUGAAACGAAGGAAUUGCUUGACCGAUGGAAGGCUCAGGGUGAUCAACUAAACGAAGUUUAUCGUCUUGGAACGGCCUAUGAUGCGCUUUCGCAUUCAGUCAAACAUGGUUCUCGGGGUUCAGAGGAUCCCACAGCUUUCGAACAAGAGUCCACCUAUUGCUUCCGGUGUUUGACAGUUCGGUUUUACUUGGAAACUUUUCUCGAUGAAUUUCGUUGUGUAGAAUCCAGUGACGUCAAAAGGGAAAUGAAAGACCUUCGCGAGCGCUAUUCAACCCUCGGCACCCAGAUUCAAGAACGUCAAAGCACUCUGGAGGCUGUUUCAAAAGAGGUUAAUGCAUUAGAACAACAUCGCGACGAUCUGGUCACUUGGCUUGGGAAACGGGUUCAAGCACUCGUUGGGCAGACUAAGAAAUUGACGGAUUUGCAGACUAUCAAUGACGCAAGUAUCGAGGCUCAACGCAUUCAUGAUGAGCUGGUUUCUGGAAUGUCUGGUUUAGACGAGCUUCGCAAACGUGCUGCUACCCUUCUGCACAAUCGCAGCUAUGUUGCCGGAGCAGCCGAGUUACGAAAUGCUGUUACUGAAACAGAACACCACUGGUCCACUGCCGUUAACGCAGCCACUGAACGCCAAAGAAGUCUGGAAAGGCUGAUCAGAGAUGUGGCUGAAUUUAAACGGUUAGAUGGCACACUGUCGCAGCGACUAAGACAAAUCACACUAGCUGCUCGUGCUUCACCACUGAUCGAUCAAACCACUUUGGAAUUGGCGCCUUCUCAUCUGAAACAGAUACGCUCUCUUCAAGCUGAAUUAGAGUCACUGACUGCCGAUAUCGUCCAGAUGCGUGAGCUUGGUAAACGCCUAACUGAUCGACUACAACCGCCAGUUGUCGCUGAGUUGCAAAUCGGUCAACAGAUCCAUCAUGUCAGUUCUUUGCAUGACCAGGCACAAAAAGACCUCGCUAUAAAAGCUAGUCAAUAUGAGAAAGUCCUGGGUCCGAACUUUCAGUUCGAACAGUUGCUGGACGAUGUUGAUGAUAUUCUCGGUGGUGCGCAGCGCCAAAUCGACAAACCAGGAAUUGGCCGGAAGGAUCGUCAGGAGGUGGAAGACCAGAUGAAUAAGGCUCGGACGCUGCUCACGCGUGCUCGUGCUCUUGGCAAACAACUAUCCGACUCAACCACAGAUGCAGCUAUGAAAUUCGGUAUUGAGACCAAGUUGUUGCAGAUGGAAAAUCUCUUUAACCAAACCAGUCGUGCAUUGGAUGGCCAACCGGGGCAAGAUAGGUUGGAUGGUCGACUACCACUGCCAGCCCAAACACAAUUUGGCGCGUUGUGCAACUGGAUGUCAGAGAAAAGCAAUCAGUUGGAAAUGGCAAACGAAUUGCUUGGUCAGCAGUUUUCUGGAUUGGGUGAAUUGAGUUUGGACCAAGUUGCUCAACAGAUUAAGGUGCUGCAUGACACACAGGAGGAGAUACAACAGAAACGCCGAGAUCUCCAAAUGCCAGUAUCUGCACUACCCCCUGAAAUGCUCGGGACUGCCAGUCAGCAGCUUGAUUUGUUGUCCAAAGCAAUCACAGUCAAGCAGACGCAGUUGGAAAAAGUUGCUUCCGAGCCCACUUCGCUAUCGGCCAGUCUUAACCAGCUAGAGGCUUGGAUCAACUCAGAAAUAGGUGACCUCACGAAGCCGCUCGCAACUCAUGGGGCGUUUCUUGCCGAUCCAACACAGAUAGUGGCAACCGAGCAAAAGCUGAAAUCCAAGUCCAUUGAAGUCGGUCGCAAGAUUGAGGAUUUGAAUUCCCUCAAGCAGAAGUUGAAGUUACCUGUGAAGGACAUCCCUGGCUCCGUGGCUAAUGGAUUGCUUCAUCAGGCUGACAGUAUACUCCUAAGCUUGAAGCGACUUGACUCGGAAGUUCGUAACCGAAUAGACCGAAUUGUGGAUGUCAAACGGUGUCACACCCAAGCUCAGCAAGCUGUCGCUGCCUAUCGUCGUGCUGUAGACGAUGCUGAAACGAAGUGGAUCGAUCUACAACAAGCCCGGUUAGAAAAAAGACCCAUUAGGGUGGAUCAGACCGAGGGAGAAUCCAUCUUAACCCCUGGUUCUCCGAGAUCCCUCCAAAUGGAUCAGAUGGCUGAUCUACAGGCGGAAUUAUUUGCUCUUCUUGAGGAGACCACCACAACAGGUGCUUUGCCAGUUAGACCCUCCCCUACGUUGGGUAUGAUUCAAGCCAUGGAGCAACUGGAACAUUCCUUGAAAGCUGCCGGCGACAGUGAUCCCCGUCGAUCUGUGACUGAAAUUAUGAACGAUAUUCGAGCAACACGGAAGCGCAUUGAGGCUAUUGUUCAAUCGGUCAACAACGACUUGGGCUCUGCAGAAGCCAGUACUAGCGCUAACACCACUGUAAACCUAAUCAAGCAAAUGAAUACAGUGGCUAGGCAAGUGCGGUCUGCGGCUGAACGUUUAUCAAACUUCCCCGAGAAAUCCCCAGGGAUUGUUCCGAAAACACUCCGCGAACGUACACAGAGUAUGAAUGAGAUAAAGGAUGAACUCUCUCAUUGCAAAAAGGUGAUAGGGGAGUUGCAAGCCCAGUUGCAAUCACAGACACGGGCUCCUGGUGCACCUGGAUGCGUAGCAGAAUUACUUGGUCAGUUAAAGUCGUUGGACAAGGAAACAGAUAGUCUGGAAAACCGAGCUCAACAACUGGAAUCGGAGGUGAAGAAUCGGUUGCCAAAAGCGCAACAGUUGGCUGAAUUACGACAGCAACUGGCCACUUCAGUUAAUCAGGCUCGAAAGGCUUGUCUACCAGUCUCCAGCGCUGCUGCUGACGCUUCUACCGGUCUACUGAGCGCAGAGAACCUGAUAAAGAAGCUGCGCGAUGAGCUAGCACAAAUGUCUACCGUGAGUCGUCAAUUAUCGGAAAACUAUGCGGACGAAAUUACCCAGCGUCAGAUGGAGUCGGAGAUUGCCACUGCAGAGGCUGUGAUAGCGCAGCUGUCCGAACACCUGGUAGCCCGUGCGGUGGGACAACGUGAUCAGACUGGAUCACUACUUAUUCAAGUCCGGAACAACCUUCAAAGACUUCAGCAUCAGUAUGAUGAGCUUCGAAAUGAUUUCGCAGCUCAAACGCUUCGGUCUGCCACCAGUGGUGACUGCAGCAGUUUGCGAGACAACUGCCGGCUUAUGCUCACCCGGGCUGAAUCAUGUACGGACGAAUUGAAUCACAUGAAAACGGCUAUAAAAUCACUUCAUGGUAUUCAAACCCAUGAGAGCAAAGACGAUCUACAUAAAUGCAUCGACCAACUGUUGAGCAACUAUGCUGUUUUAAUAAGCGAAUUAAAGGGACAAUUAAAAGAGUCUGUGCAGGCGGAAGCUACGCAAAAGCAGCUGAUGGACAGAAUCCAAGAAGUCGACUCAUGGUUGACGGUACAGCGCCAUCGGUUUAACCAACCAGUCUACGGUGCACCCGAAGAUACUGAAACUGGCGAUUCAAAAAUGGUGGCGGACGUUCGCAGCUGUCUGAAGUCAACUAGGCGCCAUCGGUUUAACCAACCAGUCUACGGUGCACCCGAAGAUACUGAAACUGGCGAUUCAAAAAUGGUGGCGGACGUUCGCAGCUGUCUGAAGUCAACUAGGAGUCUGGCCAAAGAAGUAGACUCCAAGCGAGAUGUAUUUCGAAAGCUGAAAUCAGAUGGGGAUAUUCUGAUUUCUUCGAAACAGGUUUUGGAUCCAGAGCCAAUCCGUGACCGUCUGGGUGCCCUGCAAGAUGCAUACAGUGAUUUACGAAGUGGAAUCCAGCAACGCCUGAGUGCUUUCGAAGCUGCCUUGCCAACAACUCAACGACUGGUUUCUGCUCUCACCACCUUGGGUUUACGAUUACCGGCUGCUGAAUCUCGGUUACGUUCCCUGUGUGCCAGUAGUUCCGACCCGAUUAACUUGAGAAGGUCUGGUGUUGAUGCUCUAGAGGCCGAAUUGAGCAAUAUCCUUGCACCGCAAGCUCACCUCGUCCGCACCAACUGGAACCGACUGCAGGAGCUGUCCGUUCCACCAUCGCUCUUUUCUCGUACUCUCACCCUUCCCGACGGUACAAAGUCAGAAGUCAAGCACGCAGAACAAAUUGAAGCCGAGCUGCAACGAUUCGAUAAAUUUCAAAUGGAGCUGUCCGAAUUGGCUGCAGAAGUCAGUAGCACACGGUAUAAGACAAACGUUCUACUGAGCAAACUGGACGAAGAAUCGCGCUGGUUGAACUCUGCCCUUCAGCGACUAGACCCACUUGUCUCUGACGAUCCAGCACAUUGGACCGGUGAUGCGGAAGAAGGAGAGAAGAAUUUCGUAAAACUCGAUGGCAAUGCCCUGGCCUCAUUUACUGAUCAGUCCGCAUUGCUUAACGAAUUCCCCUCGUUGGCCGUGUUGCCUGCAAACUAUGGCCCAUUGAGUCAAGUACGCGAUAGACUCUAUCACUUCCGUGAGAACUGGGAAGUGCGCCAGAAGAGUAAAACUCAAGUUUUGUUGACAGAGGCCCAUGAAUUACUACAAGCUGCAGGAAUACGUGUUAGUGGCAUCACAGAUAGCGGAAGAACUAUCGGUCUACACUUUGGGGACAAAUUGGGACGACAGCUGGUUCUUGCCGUUGAUUUACUCUCUAAAAGAAUGGCCCAACUGGACACACGGCUUGGUCAGGUGGAAGUCCGAGUAGGUGAGGCGUUGCCACUAUCCCGAUCGUUCUAUGAAGACAUGGGAGAAUUCGCCGACACUAUGAAUGCAGAUGAAGCAGAACUUGAGCGCCUGUCUCUUCCUGGAAAAUUGGAACCGCGAAGCAAAACUGAACUAGGUGAAUUAGACAAUGAACGGGUACUGCACAAACAAAUCAAGGCCCUCGAUGAGAAAACAGAGUCGCACAAAACGCUGCUGGAUCAAAUCACUCGUACAAGCGUUCCCCUUAUUGACUUAGUUGCUAAGAAUAAUGGGAUUACCAUCCGAGAUAGUGUGAGGAAUGCCACCGAUCGCUAUCGCCAACUCCAGAAGGCAAUCAAAUCGCGACUUACCAGCGUGGAAACGCGGCUAAAGCAAUCUGAUGAGGCAAUCGGCGAUUUGUUGGUAUUUCAGAUUGCCGAACAACUGGAUGUUAUGUCAGACCUCUUUGCUGGUGUUGCUCAGCAGGCUUCGCAUCUGGGCAUCCCGAUCGAUCCGUCCACAAUCUGGGCACGGCCUUCUGCGACUCCUGGCGUAGAGAUGGUUGACUCAACCUUACCACCAACCCAGCAGUCUGGCCUACUUGCCGAAGCUGGUGUCGGUAGAGUACGACCUAUAGUCAGCGUGCAGCCGGAUCAACUGCAAGAACAUCUGAAUGAGACGCGGGAAUUGAUAGAAACACUAAGCCACCGACUUCCCGAACUGGAAGCACUGACAGCAUGCGUACGAGCUCAGCUAGAACCUAAGCUGGCGGCUAUCAAGACACAACGUAAAGCCCAACUAGACUCACCUGCAAUGGUUGAUCCAUUUGCAGCGGAUGCAGAACGUGCCAUUGAACUUCACAAAACCCUGCUACGAACCUCUGAGAAGCUGCAGACUGAUUGGCUUGGAUUACAAAAACAACUAGAAGCACGUGUGGCCAAACUCAGUGUUAUUCACGAAACCUCUUCGGUGGGAUUCUGGCCCAGGGUAAGUGAGCUCCAGGCUGCCCUUAUCCUGGCAGGAGGAGCCCUACGAAUCAUAGCUACUGGAUGCGAUCCCUCCGAUGCGUCUACCCGACGAGACCCGUUGGAUCCCACCAGCUAUGUACAGCAGAGAAACGAUUUGGGUGCUUUGCUACAACAGGUUGAUCAUUUGACUAGUCAACUGUCUGCCUGUCAACAGGCCGGCGCACAGCUUAUUCAGCUGAUCACUGGGGCCAGCAGUCCAGAAGACACCCUUCAGUUGCGCCGUGAAGAGGAGCAGGCCAUACGUAAUGAAGUAAACUCGGCCUUGAAUGAGUUGGAUGCUCUACAUGAGGAUCUUCUCACCAGUUGUCAACGCCUUGCCAAGCAGAUUGACAAGCAAGAAGCUGCGGCUAAGCAGUUCAAGAUGGGACUGGAAGAUUUCAUCAGGUGGCUUUCCCAACAGGAGGUCAUAUGGGACCAGUUUGCUCCGAUCGCGACUGAUAGUGUCAGCGUUUUGAAGCAGCUGGAAGAAAUUAUUGCAUGGACCGACGGCCUAUUGUACAAGCAUUCCGAUUUAGAAGCUUUGAAUUGGUCCGCUAGCCAACUCAGUGCUCUAGACUUGGACGAAAUGGAAACGUUGAGCAUGGAAGAUACAGUUGGUCCUACGAGUACUGUCCCGAGCACGUUACAGUCAGAUCUGGCUGGAGCGAAUCGCCGUUGGGACACUCUACUCGAUUCUGGCAAUCACAGACGUCAUCGACUUCAAACUGUACUUCUGGGACUUGGUGAGUUUGAUCAAGCUCUUGAUGCCUUGAUCAAAUGGAUUGCGAUGGCUCAAGCCAAUGUGGAUCAGAUCCCUGUGCGCAGAGGUAAUAUCCGGGGUCUCGAGGCGGAUUUAGCACGCGUCAAAAUCAUUCAAAACAGCGUCAACAACCACCAACUUGCAGUGGUGCGUGUUCACGAGCAAGCCAAAAGGCGGAUCGACUCCUUGAGACGUGACACACCUGAGGUCCCAUCGAAUAUCGAGGCCCAAAAGGCUAGUGCCGAACCCCCUAUGAAUCAAACAGCCGAGCGCUUGAACACGAUGAACGAAAUGUGGGAACACUUGAAGGCUAGUACGAAAGAAAAACAGUGCAUUUUAGAAGAAGCCUUGCGAGAGACGUUCAACUUCCAUGGGCAAUUCGACCACCUCGUGCGACGCUGUCGUCAAUUAGAAAGUCGCAUUCCCACUCCUGGAACUCGCAUAAUGGGCUGCCUUCCUGACAGUGCUCGAGAGCAGCUGCGUCGUUUCAUGGAGAUCUACAACGGUCUGGUUGAGGUCGGUGACAAGCUAACUGAUCUCCGGAAGGCUUCAGCUGCUCUUUUAGUCAGCGCAAGUUCUUCUGCAGACCAACCACCAGAACGCCUCACGAGUGCACUGGACCGGUUCAAAGACCAUCAUUCACAGCUGCUACGUCGAGCCACUGCAAUUCGGGACCAGCUGCAGUCUGGGCUCAGUGAAGUCGAACGGUUCCACGCUGAGCUGGCUCAGAUGAUGCAAUGGCUCACAUCGAUGGAGCGCACUGUCGCUCAACAGAAGCCAGUCAGUCGCAUCGUUACACGUCUCGGCCAGCUAAUACUGGACCACGCAGAACUCAGAAGGAGCAUUGCCAGUCACCGGGAUGUCUUGCUAUCUCUAGAUCGCAUGGGCGCGCAAGUUCAGCACAACGCACAAAAGCAAGAUGUAGUCUUGGUGAAAAAUUUGCUGUCCAGUGUACACAAUCGAUGGGAGCAGCUGUUGUCGCGCACCGCCGAACGAACGCGACAGCUAAAUGUGGGACUGAAGGAAGCUCAAACUUUUCUGAAUAACUGGACAACUCUGACCGAGUGGCUCAAGGAACAGCUGACUUGUCUGGAAGAAGAAUGUGGGAGCGUAGCUACACGUUCAGAACGCAUAGCCCAUCAGCUAACGCAACACUACGAAUUUCAGCGUGCUUUGGGCGCGAGGAAUGUGACAUUCGAUUCAGUUCGUCGUUAUGCACGUUAUCUGCGUGAUCGAGCGCCAGUUUGUGACCACCAGGAAUUGGAUGACAUGGUUAACGAAUUGAAGCACCUAUGGAAUGCCGUCUGCACUCGCUCUCUUGAUCGCCAGCGCAUGUUGGAGCAGGCACUACUUUCUGCCGGCCUAUACAAAGAAGCACUACAGUCGUUAACUGAAUGGCUAUCUGGUGUGGAGCCCCAGUUGUCUGAACAUCAAGUGGGCUACUGCGGUGAUGUGGAUACGGUUGAGCAUUUAAUUGAGGCUCACCGUCGUUUGGUGUCGGAGCUUGAUGAACGUGCCGGAUGGAUUCAAUCCAUCCAUGAAGCUGCUGAUGAGCUCAUGAGAAAGGCAAGCAAGGGUUCCAUUGGCCAAGCCGAUGUGGCGGCUAUCAAAGGACAGCUAAAUCAUUUAGAUGGUGUCUGGAAUCGUGUUCAACUGCUUACUAAGAAACGCGGUGAACGGUUGGAUGAAGCGUUGAAGUUGGCUGUGCAAUUCCAGGAGAUGUGUCGUAGUUUGAUGGACUAUUUUGCCGGUGCUGAACAUGUUAUUCGACGCUUGGCGGCACUGCCAACCUACGACGAUCUAGAGGAUGAAUCAAGUACAGAUACACUGAAGCCGAAGUCCGCUGAGGCUCCGGAAAGCCUGGCAGCUGCCAUUAACGCUCAUGAUCAAACACACAAGAACCUUUUGGACCAAUCGGAGCGAGUGCAGGCCACUUUACAUUUAGGCAAUCAGCUUAUGGCCCAGGCCCAUCCAGAAGCUGUUCAACGCUUACGCCAGUGGAUACAUGCGAUUCAGAGUCGCUGGAGUGAUCUUAUCGCUAGUUCUAAUCAAAGGGCCGAUCGCCUUCGAGCUGCUUUAGAUGAUCAAAAGCGUCGACAAUCUCUCCGUGCUGAACUUUUGGACUGGAUAAAGACAACACAAGAUCACUUAGAUCGUGAACCAACCAUCACGUUUGCUAGUACCACAAAACGGACCGUAGAUACUCACGGCGGAGACAAAGACGAAAGCCAGGAUAAUGACCAAAUCUCUACGCUUGGUUCAGAUCAGGUGUUUCUCGGGGCGUCGGAUGUUGACGAUUCGUCGAGUGUGGCUACAUACCGUACGUUACCGUUGAAUGAAAUCACCGAGCCGGAAUUGAUAGAGCGAUUGUUAGCCGAGCACGCCGAACUAGAGCGCGAAGCGGCACUUCGCCAGCCAGUAUUGGACCUGAUCUUGAAACAUGCAAAGCGCAGGACUAUUCAACGGGUAUCCACUCUUAGAGGUUCAUUCCUUCAACGGGGUCGAGCCAGUGGUCGCAUCGUGAGUCGCCCAGCGACCGGAAAAGUCAAAAGCGAAUUGCAGACUACCGAGCCCAAUUUCGUCUCCUCGUCAGCGAACCAACUUUAUCAACGCUGGUCGAUGUUACAGCGUUCUCUAGCGGCCAGACGGACGAAGCUCAGAGAUAGACUGACCUACUUGUCCGAAGUGGAGAAAAUGAGAACUUUCCAAUUCGAAUCCUGGCGCCAACGCUAUGUGGCCUGGUUGAAUGAGAAUAAGUCACGUGUCAUUGAUUUAUUCCACCGCAAAGACCUUGAUCAUGACGGACGUCUUACUUACGCAGAAUUCAUCGAUGGAAUCUUGGAAAUGAAAUUCCAAACUACCCGUGUUGAGCUGCAAACGGUGGCUGAAAUUUUCGAUGCCAACGGAGAUGGCUAUAUUGACUAUCGCGAAUGUUUGAAUGCCCUUCGAGCCGGUUAUGUCGCUUCACGAAUGACCGGUUAUAACACGAGCAGCAGUCAGCUUAGCUUGUCUCAAGUCGGUCCAAAUGAUGAAGAGGCUAUUAACUGUGAAGUGAGAAGGCAGGUUGGACUGUGUACCUGUCAUAACACCUACCAGAUUUGCAAGAUGGCCACCGACAAAUACCGAUUUGGCGAUUCACAAAAAUUGCGCCUUGUGCGGAUAUUGCGCAGCGCUGUCAUGGUACGCGUUGGCGGUGGCUGGACCACUCUGGACGAGUUUCUAGCAAAAAAUGAUCCUUGUCGUGGUGCUUGUCAGCGCUUGUCUAGCUUCAACGAUUUAGCUGUGGCUGUGGGUUUAGCUCCAUCUCGUCAUCGCCGUUCGCGCCGAUCCUAUGCUCCCAUGUUUGCUCCAUUACCUCGUGACCCUCGUAUGCAUACCGCACUUUCGAAUCAUUAUAAUACUCUACGCAGCAGUGGCGAUAGCAGUAUCAGUUCCCAUCAGGGUACCGGGUCUGACAGGUCGCGGAAUCAGCUGAAUCGUACAUCUUAUCCGAGGCACACGACGGUUCGGCGUAUCUCUGGCCCCGGUCAGGAUAACGCCUUCUACUUGCUGAUGCCAAACACUAAAGCCAACCCUUCCAACCAUCUUUCUCGAGGCAAUCCAGGAUCUUGAUUAUUCCUCCUCAAGAGCAAGGGUGGUAGUGCUUAUCACGCUACUGACAGUACCUGGCUCAUUUCAGCUCAUUUUCGCGCAUUUUUGGCAGUUCAUCGUCACACCUAAUCCCGGUGCUACAGCCCUCGUUCCAGAAGCAGCUGCUUGGAAAUCAGUUGUCGAUGUUUGCGAGGGAUCUGUUACUGGUGAUAUGACGACUGGGCUCUACCCUAAGCCGUCCUCCCGUUCAAGCACUUCCAAGCAUGCCGCAUCCAUCUCUAUGUAUGGUACGGCCCAUUCUUUUCGUCAGAACUGCACCAACACUGUCCCUUCAAAGUUGCCGGUCAAAACAUCUCAACAGCGGCGUGCUUCCACCGCCUCUUUGCCCCAUUCUGAUCGAGGAAACAGUCAACUUUUCGACCAUUUCGAUUCCAAGAGUCUUUCAGGUGUUGUGCAUUCCCAAAUCGUCUUGCCGACGACCGGUCAGGAAUUAGAAGAUCCUAUAUCCCGACCGUCUUCGAGUAUGUCACAGGCGAGCAGCUCUCAGCUGUCCACCGGCUUCCGGAAACCCGAAUCGGUGGAACCUCAUUCAGACGAAAAGUCAUCUAAUCGAGUUUCAACGCGUAAUCUGCGUGACCAUGCGCAUCUGUCGUCAUCCCGUUUCGGUCCGCAGAACUCUGGUGAGAAAAUUUCCUCCCCAACAAUUACCUCAUCACCGGCCCAUUCACAUUCAUCCUCUGCCAGGUCCGUUAACUCACCAUCCCUGUUGCCUGUUUCCUGUAUUUCCGAAGAAAACACUCCCGUUUCUUCACCAAAAACACCCGUCCCUGAACUCUCCCCUGAAGAAACCCAACCCAAAGCGCCCUAAAUAGGCUGUUGAACACCCAAAUUCCCACAUCUCCAACCACUUUAUUCGUACAGUUCGGGUAACUUUUCAGUGAGGCAUGUCCUUCGCUUCUUCCUUUCAGAGAGAUUAAAUUUUUCUAUUAGUAAUAUUUCCUAUCAUCACUGCACUUUGCAUUCAUAUUUCCCCCUUUUCUACACCGUUCACCCUGUGUUGAUGGACACAUAAUUACGGCGUGCUCACUCACGCACACGUUGACAGGCACUUGAACACAGCUUUUCUCUUGUUUUCUUCCAUACUUUCGCUGUGACUCCGAACUUGCUUUUUUGUGCGCGUUCGUUCCUUCCCUCAUUUGUUUCAUCGGAUCCCAUGGUUUACAUCGGAUGUUCGUGGUCUGGGGAUUCUUUUUUCUCUGUGUUUUGCUCCUGCCGGCCAAUAUUUUCGCUAACUCGUGCGCUCAUUUGUUUCUCUCCUUCAUUUGCAAUGGAUUCAAGAAGACAGUUCGUGAAUACAAAUAAUAUAACCAUAUGACAA